UUGUGUGCCUCUGUGUGACCCCCUCACUGCAGUCCUGAAGUAAACGUCUCAACUAUUUGCACGAUCUGAUAAGCUUUUCUUCCAGAAACAUGAGCUUCCCAACUACUUUCUCCAUGCACUCUGGUGCCCUUCCAUCGUCGCGAAUUUCCAUCACCCGCACGACGCAACCAGCGAGCUUCCGUGCUGCCAGCAUCUACGGCGGCGCCGGCGGCAUGGGGGCAAAGAUCUCCUCAGCCUCCUACUCAGGGGUGCGCAGUGCCAUGCCACCUGGGUCCAGCUUAUCCUUCCAGAUGAGCGGAGGGGCCUCGGGGAUCGGUGCCGGAGGGAGUGCAGGCGGCACUAGCAUGAUCCUGGGGAACGAGAAGGGGGCCAUGCAGAACCUCAAUGACCGCCUGGCUACCUACCUGGAGACGGUGCGCAGCCUGGAGCAGGCUAACAGCAAGCUGGAGCUGCAAAUCCGGGAGUUCCUGGAAAAGCGGGGGCCCGACACCCGCGACUACAGCCGCUACAGCCCCAUCCUGGAUGAGCUGCGCAAAAAGGUGUUUGACAUGACGGUGGACAAUGCCCGGCUGGUGCUGCAGAUCGAUAACGCCCGUCUAGCUGCGGAUGACUUCAGGGUGAAGUAUGAGGCAGAACUGACCAUUCGUCAAUCGGUGGAGGCUGACAUCGCCGGGCUCAGGAAGGUCAUUGACGAUACCAGCAUCGGCCGCAUGAACCUGGAGAGUGAGAUUGAGGCAGUGAAGGAGGAGCUGAUCUUCCUCAAGAAGAACCAUGACAAUGAAGUUACGGAACUGCGUAACCAGAUUGCCCAGUCGGGGGUGCAGGUGGAUGUCGAUGCUCCAAAAGGACAAGAUCUGUCACGAGUCAUGGAGGAGAUGAGGGCAAACUAUGAGAAGAUGGCAGUGAAGAAUGCAGAAGAACUCAAGGCUUGGCAUGAAAACCAGAUCUCAGACGUUCAAGCCCAAGUGUCACAGAACACGGAGGCCCUCCAGGGUGCACGCACAGAGCUGAGCGACCUUCGCAGGCAGGUGCAGACACUGGAGAUUGAGCUUGAGUCACAAAGGAACUUGAAAGCAACACUAGAAGAAACCCUACGAAACACAGACCUGCGCUCCAACAUGGAGGUGGAGAAGUACAACAACAUCAUCCUGCAGCUGGAGGCAGAGCUCAUGCAGCUGCGUAACAACAUCCAGCAGCAGGGACAAGAGUAUGAGGUUCUGCUCAAUAUCAAGAUGAAGCUGGAGGCUGAGAUUGCCACCUACAAGAGACUGCUGGAUGGAGGGGAUCUCAAGCUGCAAGAUGCUCUUGAGGAGCUGAAAUCCAGAGAAAAGUGAUCCAGGCAGACUGGAAAACAGCUCGUCUAUGAGCAGAAAUGAAGGAAUACAAAAUAAUCACAAGCUUCUGCCAGCUUCUUCAUUCCACACCUAUUGCCAUGCUCUCGCUGUAAUUCGGUUGUUCAAAUAAAGCAAGUCUUCACCAGCA